GUACGGCCAGGAGGUAGACUGCAGGUCCCUGUCGCCGGUUCGGAGUGGUAAGCCAUGGCCGGCUGCUGCUGUCUAUCUGCGGAGGAAAAAGAGUCGCAGCGCAUCAGCGCGGAGAUCGAAAGGCAGCUUCGACGCGACAAGAAAGACGCGCGCCGGGAACUCAAGCUGCUGUUGCUGGGCACUGGGGAGAGUGGGAAAAGCACGUUCAUCAAGCAAAUGAGGAUAAUCCAUGGGUCCGGCUACAGCGACGAAGACCGGAAGGGCUUCACGAAGCUGGUCUACCAAAACAUAUUCACCGCCAUGCAAGCCAUGAUCAGAGCGAUGGACACCCUGAGGAUACCAUACGUGUGUGAGCAGAAUAAGGAAAAUGCCCAGAUCAUCAGAGAAGUGGAAGUAGACAAAGUCUCUGCACUCUCCAGGGGCCAGGUGGCUGCCAUCAAGCAGCUGUGGCUGGAUCCAGGAAUCCAGGAGUGUUACGACAGGAGGCGGGAGUACCAGCUGUCAGACUCUGCCAAAUAUUACCUGACUGAUAUCGACCGAAUCGCCAUGCCCUCUUUCGUGCCAACACAACAGGACGUGCUUCGUGUUCGAGUGCCCACCACUGGCAUCAUAGAGUACCCAUUCGACUUGGAAAACAUCAUCUUCCGAAUGGUGGAUGUUGGUGGCCAGCGAUCUGAACGACGGAAAUGGAUUCACUGCUUUGAGAGCGUCACCUCCAUCAUUUUCUUGGUUGCUCUGAGUGAAUAUGACCAGGUUCUGGCUGAAUGUGACAAUGAGAACCGUAUGGAAGAGAGCAAAGCCUUGUUUAAAACCAUCAUCACUUACCCCUGGUUUCUGAACUCAUCUGUGAUUUUGUUCUUAAACAAGAAGGAUCUUUUGGAAGAGAAAAUCAUGUACUCUCAUCUAAUCAGCUACUUCCCAGAGUACACAGGACCAAAGCAAGAUGUCAAAGCGGCCAGGGACUUUAUCCUGAAGCUGUAUCAAGACCAGAAUCCUGACAAAGAGAAAGUCAUCUAUUCUCACUUCACUUGUGCUACAGACACAGAGAACAUCCGCUUUGUGUUUGCUGCUGUCAAAGACACUAUCCUACAGCUAAACCUACGGGAGUUUAACUUGGUGUAGAUGCUGUGGCCCACUUCCCCCAGACCGAGGGUGAUCGCAGUUCUUCUUGCCUGAUCUACAAGUGCUUCUGACCACCUGGACCAGGAUCCAAGGACAUUUUAUAGCUCACAGGAACAGAGACGGGUAGUGCAACUUGAAACAUACUUGCUUUACCCACCCCUCUAAGUAUCUAAUUCUUGAUUGUCUAAUUCUUUUCUUACCUUUUGGCUGUUUUGUAUUUUGUAGAAUUUUAAAAGGCCACUGUGAUUUCCCAUUAUUUUUGAAACUAAAGUGUUCAAAAGCUAUUAAAAAUGACAUAACAAGGGGACUUAUUAAUUCACAGAUCAUGCCUUCAGACCUCCAGGAUUAAUUUAGGUAACUAAAACAUCUUAAUAAGCUUGAUGACCUUUAAAUAAUUAAGAAACAUUUCUAACAUUAUGUCCCCUUAAUGCUUAAGUAUGACUCAUCUAACAUUCUACCAAACAACCAAAGAUUUCUUUCUAUGCCUUUUUUUGGGUUACUUGUUAUUAUUAUCAUUUUAAACAAAGUCUUAAGUAGCCCAGGCUACCAAUUCAAUUUUGCUAUGUAACUGGGAAUGGCCUUGAUCCUCCUGCCUGGACUUUCCAAGUGUUUGUUGCAACUGUGGGUGGUGCCACUACGCUCAGCUAAGAUUUUUUUCUUUUUAAAAUUUUUUUGAGAUAGGGUCUCAUGUAUUCCAUAUUGUUUUCAAACAUACUCUGCAGCAAAGAAUGGCCUUGAUCAUCUGAUUCUCUUGUCUUCAUAUACACAACCUAUUUAAGGCAGGGAAGUUCUUCUCAGCCUCUUGCUAAUUCCUGGCAUAAGAGGUUUAAAAUAGUAUGAUGUGUCAUUGAUAUUUAUAGGUUAGUAAAUGCUGGGAUGUAUGUGUCACCACGACCACUUUAUGUGAUGCUUGGGGGUGGAGCCCAGGGCUUUGUGCAUGCUUGGCAAGCAUUCUGCCAACUGAGCUACCUGCCCCCAGUCAAAGAUUUCUUUCAAAAGUAGUUCUUUUCAUGCCAACUUUCUAAGCCAAAUUAAUAUUAUCCAAACAUCUAAUUUUGCCACAAUUUGGUGGUGAAGCCAAUGCUGAGCUACGAUAAAUGGCCUCUAGAUAGUGCAUGUAUGUAUCCUAAUAUAUAUGGCCAGGUCUUAUAACUUACGGAAUGGCUAAAGCAUAACUUGUAUAACAAAUGUUAUGUAAACCUUGCCAAAGCUCUGUGUAUGCUGUGCCUUUCUGGAUAAUAAGA